AUGUCUUCUUCACGGAACUCCUUGACGAACGUUGUAAGCAUGAAAGGAGGCGAUGGAGAACAUAGUUAUGCUAAUAAUUCUGGUCAUCAGAAAACGGUUUUCUCUAAAGCACAAACAAUCGUGGAAGAGAAUAUUAGAGAAACAUUAUUGAAUUUGGGUUUCCCUGAAUCCAUUAAAGUGGCUGAAUUGGGCUGUUCUUCCGGAGAAAACACUUUCUUGGCGAUGUCUGAAAUCGUCAACACGAUCAUAGCUUCGUACCAAGAAACCAGUCGAAACCCACCAGAAAUUGAUUGUUGUCUAAACGAUCUUCCAAAUAAUGACUUCAAUAUGACGUUCAAGUGGGCCACUUCCUUCAAGGAGAAUCUAAAGAUGGAUGUUAAGGGAAGGUGCUUCAUCUCAGGAGUCCCCGGUUCUUUUUACUCGAGGCUCUUCCCAAACAAAUCUCUUCAUUUUGUUCAUUCAGCUUGUAGUCUUCAUUGGCUCUCUAAGGUCCCUGAAGGGCUUGAAGAUAACAAGAAGAAUGUGUAUAUUAGAAACCCUUGCCCUCUAAGUGUGUCCAAAAGUUACUUGGAUCAGUUUCAAAAGGAUUUCUCGUUAUUUUUAAAAAUGCGUUCUGAAGAAGUGGUGUCUAAUGGACGCAUGGUUCUCAUAUUCAAAGGCCGAAAUUCUUCUGAUCCUCUUUAUAGAGAGAGCUGCCAUUAUUGGUCGUUGUUGACUGAUUCCCUCCUCGAUUUAGUCUCUGAGGGAAUUGUCAAGGAAUCAGAUGUGGAUUCAUUCAACUUGCCGUUUUACGAUGCGGGUGAGGAAGAGGUCAGGGAAGUUGUCGGAAAAGAAGGAUCAUUUGAGAUUAAUAACAUCGAGACACAUGAACAUGUAGUUCCAUACAAAGAUAGUGAGGAAGAUGACGAUGAAACAUGUCGAUUAAAGUUUGGGGAAAUGAUGGCAAGCAGAAAAAGAUCCAUCACUGAGCCAAUGUUGGUUGCCCAUUUCGGAGAUGCUGUCAUCGAUCGUCUGUUUGAGAAGUACGCACACAACGCAGCCCGGUACUACAUUGUUUCAAGAAGCUGCAACAAAACGACCGUCAACUUUGUCGUAUCCUUGACUAGAAAGUAA